CAUGCGCUUCUCAUUCGUUCUGCUCCUCGCGGUCCUCGGCUGCUUCCUGCUGGCCAAGGAGAGUGGCGCUACAGGCACCUCCACAACGACCGUAGCUACAACCACCACCGGGACUACAACCACCACCGCAGCUACAACCACCACUUCCGCGUCGGCCACUACGACUACAGCGACUACAGUCGCUCCCGCAACCACCACCACCACAGCAGCAUCGACCUCGGACACGACCACAACGUCCUCAUCAUCUGGCUCGAACUCAGCAGCGGCCAGGCGUCGCAGACGUCGUCGUCUUGCCCGCCAGCGCCAGCGCCGUGAGCGCCAGAGGCAGCGCCAGACCCAGAGGCUCCGCAACCGGAUACAGAACCAGCGCCGUGUGAUCAACCAGCUCCAAGGAUAAGCGGGAGGA